UUAGGUUGUUCAGACAGGUGGCCUUCCCAUCUACAAAAUCCCACUCCCUCUCUGUCUUCUCUCUCUCUCUCUCUCUCUCUCUCUCUGUGUCUGUCUCUGUGGAAUCAGGGAAUAGACGAGAAGGGUAGAGAAGGGGAGGCGAGACGGAGAUCUCUCUCCAAUCGCACUCAUGGCGGAAAAGGGUAAACCAUUGCCAAAGUUUGGAGAAUGGGAUGUCAAUGACCCUGCUUCUGCAGAGGGAUUCACGGUAAUCUUCAACAAGGCUCGGAAUGAGAAAAAAACGGGCGGCAAGAUUGAAUCGCCACCAAUGGUUGACUCAAACUAUAAGCACGAAGCAGUUCUUGGAAAACCUCACUCUAAAAAAUGGUGUUGCUGCAUACAAUCUACUUAUGCAGAAUCUUGAGGCUUCUCUUACCUCUUAAUAGCUUGAAUAUGAAAGCAUCGUUUUGUUCAUGCCCGAGCUGAAAACAUAUUCCAGAAGGCUGGAGCUGUAUUCAGAAGCUAUGAUGGAUCCUACUGGUUUUGUUUGUUUUGUCCUAAACUUGGUGAUAAUGUGCUCGUAGAGAAGUUUAAGGAACAAUGUUAUAUUAUGGUCAGUAUACCGGUUGGUUAUUCUUUGGUGCUGCUUCUCUUCUUUAUUGAAAUCCUAUGACUUGGUACACUACUAUUUGUGACAAUUUGUUUCUUCA